AAGACUUCGAAAGAAAGUUCUAAUGGAAAGGAAAAAGAGAAGGAAAAAGACAAGAAGCCCAAAUCAAAAGAUGUCAAAGAGGAUGUAGAUAGUAAAGGAAAAUCAAAAGCCAAGAAGAAGGAACCAGCCUCCAUGUUUCAGAUAAACGGAGACAAGCCCGAAACCAAGAGUAAAAAGAAAGCGGCUGCCAAAUCUGAGAGCGAAGAUGAGAGCGAACCAGAAACCAAACCCAGCAAGACGAAGAAGAAGAGCAGCUCAAACCCGGCCUCUAUGUUUCAGACAGGAGGGGACAAAGACAAGGACAAAAAGACAAAAAAGACUAAAAGUCCUGCUAAAGCAGAAGAGACCGAAGACUCUGAUUCGGAAGUGACGCAGAAAAAGAAAAAGGGCAAAGGGAAAAAAGGCAAAAAGGAGGAGCGGGCGCCUUCUCCACCCAUCGAGUUUGACGACCUGGAGGAGUUUGUGCUUCAGCCCGCUCAGCAGGGCGUCACGGUGAGGUGUAAAGUGACCCGGGACAAGAGAGGGAUGGACCGAGGCCUUUACCCAACCUACUACCUGCACCUAGACAACGAGAAGAAAGUAUUUUUGUUAGCCGGAAGGAAGAGGAAAAAGAGCACAACCUCCAACUACUUGAUCUCCAUUGACCCGACUGACCUCUCCAGAGGAGGGGAAAACUUCAUUGGGAAGCUGAGGUCAAACCUGAUGGGAACUAAGUUCACAGUGUUUGAUAAUGCACUGCAUCCGGACAGAGCUCUGCCGGACAUGUCUAACGCUCGACAAGAAUUAGCAGCUAUCAUCUAUGAAACAAAUGUUUUGGGCAUGAAAGGACCAAGGCGAAUGAUUAUAAUUAUUCCUGGCAUGACCAAAGACGGAGAUCGAGUCCCCAUACGACCACGUAAUGAUGAAGAUGGCCUCCUAAUUAGACAUCAAAACAGAAAUAUGGAAAACUUGAUAGAGCUGCGCAAUAAGACGCCGGUGUGGAAUGAAGAUACUGCGUCACACGUGUUAAACUUCAAUGGCAGAGUCACACAGGCCUCCAUCAAAAACUUUCAGAUUGUGCAUAACAAAGACCAGGACUACAUUGUGAUGCAGUUCGGCCGAGUAGCGGACGAUGCCUUCACUCUGGACUUCAGGUAUCCUCUGUGCGCCGUACAAGCCUUUGCCAUCGCUCUCUCCAGCUUUGACGGCAAAAUCGCCUGCGAGUAAAAGCGCCGAGACGUCCUGUUGUUGUCUUUCUGUGAUUUCGUCACACGCUGCAAACGGGAUGCGUUCUCGCUCGGCAUCAGCUCAAUCCACAACGAGAGCGGAGCCCAUAAAUCUGUAAAAUAAAGCCACCGUUGCUCGUGGGGUUGCUCGAUUUUCCAUGCUACAGAUAGAUCGGCUGGUGACACCCGCUUGGGCUAAAGUCAAGUGAUGGGUGUAGAGUUGGUGAACUGAGAAGUGCAUUGAGAUGUUUGAUUUGAGAGUUUGACCCCCGGCGGUAAGGAGGUCACGAUAAACGUGGCACGUGUUUGAAAAGGGAAAGAGAGAGAAUGGAUUGUGGUUUAGUUUUAGGUUGUGCCUACAGCGCAAUUAGGAAAAAAUGUGUUUUAACAUUGUCUGCUUCAUUUUAGCGAAUCGGGUUAAAAACUUGGUUAUCUUUUACUAAUAAGACGAAUUGAAAAAACACUUUUUUUGUAGGAAUACUUCACCCAAAUUUGCUGAAAAUGAACUCGGCCAACCAAGACGCAGAUGAGAUCGUUUCUUGGAGAAAUGUAGCAUUAAAUCGUUCGCUCACCAAUGGACGCUCUGCGGUGAAUGGGUGCCGUCGGAAUGAGAGUCAAAACAACUGAUAAAAACAUUACAAAUAGUCCACACCGCUCAGUUAAUGUCUUGUGAAAAAUGGUGUCUGUAAGAAACGAUCAUCAUUAUGUCAUUCUAGCUAAACAUAAAUCCAUAAUUCAUGAUAACACCAGUGAAAAAAUCCAUCUCCUGUUGUCCUCUCCCAUUAAAAUGAAUCAGCAAACUUCCUUAGAGCUGUUUUGUUUUUAAAACCUCUUUCCCGAUUCUUUCGAGACAACUUUUCUCGCUAGAGAAAGAUAGAAAACUAUGGUUUGAAUGGAUUGGAUAACUUGCGGGUUAUUGUGAUGUUUUGAAGAAAUAAAAUCAUCUUGAAAAUGUUUUGGGUGAACUGUUCCUUUAAAAAAACACUCUCUGUGUAUUUUAGGUAGCUGUUUUGUGUAACCGUGAAGAAUGCUUAUCUGAAAGCAAGCAAGAAAGCUGUUGUCUGUGCAAGUGUGCCGAAAGCCCGAGAUUAAGGCAAGGUCCAGAUUUAUCAGUAAUGUUCAGAUUUUUGCACAUGCAGUACAUCACUGACUGAUGCUUGGAGUAUGUCAAACAUCUCAACCGCUCACGCAGUUUCUUGCUUACUCAAGCAAAGCUGAUCUGGAUUAAUAAGUGUCAUUACAGGAAUAACAUGAGCUAUCUCCUGAUGCAGAUGCGAACAUCCGACGUUUGGCGUUUGAUUGUUUUGUUUUGCCUUGUACAUGUCGUUGUAGUUUGAUUAUUAGUGUAACAUGGGAUGUAUUUGAUAAAAACCCAUAAAAACCCACCGUUCUUCUGUUUUUACUUGAUGUGAAUGUAAAUGUA